AUGGUGAGGCCUGCUGUGCCUGCUGCGGACGUUGUGCCGCAGACAAUGUCACGGUAUCGAUCUGUUCGAGAGGCGAAUGGUGCCGACCGCCAUGAGAAAGCGCUUCCUCCCCAACAUGGCGCAACAAGUGACCAGAACCCCUCAAUCGCGAGAAGCAUGUCUCGAUACCGUCGCAACCGCCCUGCUGUGAAUACCACCAACACUGCAGUGCCCAAUCCACCGAUCCCCCCUAUACCAAGUCUUGCUUGCGCAAAACCCUACGAGGCGUCUUCUGUACCAACCGCCAACCUGUCACUGAGCGCGCAAGAAGAGCUCACGCGCGGGAAACACAGACAAGAUGCGAUGGCACAGCUCGAGGGCGAGAAGCAGCCAUCUCUCGAUCGUACGUUACGGCCGGUGAAAUCUGAGAAGAACGUGCACAUUCAAAAGGAUGUGGGCAAAACAAAGCUCCCCCGUUCGGCGCCAACGGCUGCUGAUUUAGAGAGUCGUCGAGCCAGCGCACAUGCGCCGUCCUGUGAGAAUACGCGCAAGUCCUUCUUCCAGAAGAUGGGCCUCGCGAAGACGCAAGACUCUGCGCCAAGGUAUAUUGGAGUUGGCGGAGGGGGUAUUGUUCCUGGAAUAGAUGCGCCCAUUUCAGCGGUGAAUGCUGGAGAACGCCAAGUUCUUGUGCAAUACAGCGAUAAUUUGCUCAAGCUCUCCGUGACUCCAUCUACUCAAGUGCAAGAUUUGCUCGUGUCCGCCUCUCAGAAGUUGUCGCGUGACAUCGACCCUGAAAAAUUCAUCGUCCGGGAAUCUUUCGACCAAGUUGGCUUGGAGAGAAAUUUGCGAAGAUAUGAGCGUGUCCGAGACAUCAUGAACUCCUGGUCACACGAUGCAGACAAUAGGCUGAUCGUUAUUCCUCCUUCGAGCAUGGAUGCCCUUGCCGAAUUGGACGCCAAUCUUGUUCCAAGCGAGAAGCCUUCUGAGACAAGUGCCUACCUCUACUACUCUCAGCGACCCGGCAAAUGGGACAAGCGGUGGGUGACAUUAUCUUCCACGGGGCAAGUGACUAUUGCAAAGAAGGAGUCUUCCAAAGAUCAUACUGUCAUAUGUCACCUCUCCGAUUUUGACAUAUACAAGCCUAAUGCACGGUCUCUUGCAAAGGAAAUUAGACCUCCCAAAAAGAUCUGCAUGGCCAUCAAAAGUCAACAGAAGUCUUCCAUGUUCCUGUCUACCGAGAAAUUUGUGCACUUCUUCAGUACCAAUGACCGCGCUAUGGCUGACAAGUGGUUCACGGUGAUCCAGGCGUGGCGGAGUUGGUAUCUUGUCAACAAGAUGGGGGCAACCGAGAAGAGCGAGGCCGGAAUCCAUCUUCCAUCAAGGUCUCUCACGUACCGCCAGAAUGGUGAGACGGUGCCACGCCCAUCCACGGCUAAGGAUGUUUACGCUUCUAAGAAGAGCAGUCGGGACCAUGCUCCUCCACCGUCGUCCUUCUCCAAGGAGUUGGCCAUUGAUAUUCCGGGAAGACCCUCUGCAGAACUGGAGAACACCACCUUCUCUCCCACCGGUUUGCUGGGUCGAUCAUAUUCUCAGCGAAAACAGGCGAUGCAUGAAAGGGAUGAACGGGCAAAGCGUGCGAAAGAAGACCCUUUCACCGACCAGGGUUUGCUGAAUGAGAGCCCUAUACACCCGCUCGAUCACUCCAACAGCCGCACAAACACCAUGACUCGUGCACCGGAUGGCCUCAGCCGGUCUCUGUCCGCCAGCCAAAAACCAAAACCUCUUAUUGACUUAACGCCCGUUUUCCAGGAGGCACCACAACAUAUCCGUAAAGGCCGCGGUGUAACCGUUGAACCCGGUGUGAAACUUGUCGACGCUGCCACUGGACCCGAAUUAGCUGCCAACACGAUAGCCAUCCCUCCCGCAACUUCAUGGCGUAGACCAUCCGUCGAAAUACCUGCCCAGACCCGUAACCGCUCAAAUACCACCCGCAGCGUCCGCCAAGUCACAGCACCUCACAAAUCCUCCCAACUCAGCUCUGCCGAAGCCAGUCCCACUAUGCCGCCCAAUCCCUUCCAACCUAACAGUCUGUUGACCUCUAAAAAGGUCACCAGCCAACCCAAACCAUUCAAAGGGCGAGGCGUGGCAACAGGUGAUCGCAAUGCGACGCAGCCAAUGCUGGACUUGUCGCCAGAAAAUCCAUUCGCAGAGGGAAGUCUGCUGCGUCAGCUUUAA